AUCUCUUCUUCUUCUUCUUCUUCUUCUUUCAAUCAUGGGUAUGGCCGGAGAUGCUCAGUUUCAUGUCUUGGCGGUUGAUGACAGCAUCAUCGACCGAAAGUUGAUUGAGACUCUCCUCAAAACUUCUUCAUUUCAAGUUACUGCAGUAGAUUCAGGAAGUAAGGCUUUGGAGUUUCUGGGUUUGGAUCAUGAAGAUGAACAAAAUCAUCUUCACAACUUGGAAGUAAAUAUGAUCAUUACUGAUUACUCUAUGCCUGGAAUGACUGGUUAUGAUCUUCUUAGAAAGAUCAAGAAAUCUAAAUAUCUUAAAGAUGUACCGGUUGUCAUCAUGUCCUCAGAGAAUGUUCCAUCAAGAAUCAACAGAUGCUUGGAGGAAGGGGCAGAAGAAUUCUUUUUGAAACCAGUUCAGUUAUCAGAUGUGAAAAAGCUUAAACCCCAUUUAUUGAAGGGUAAAGCUAAGAAAAUCCAACACAACAUUAACAAGAGAAAAGCCAGCACAAAAGAAAACCAAUCACCCAACAAAUUAGCAAGAAAAACACUUGAUAUUUUGGAAGUGAUCUAAGAUGUUUUUACAAGGUUUACAAUAUUCUGUGUUUUGCCACCAGUGGGAUCAAAGAUUUUCUUCUGAAUGCUAGAUCCCUAAAGGCAUCAAUUGGCUAUAUUUGAGGCCAAAAAGAUCUUAACAAGAAGGGGAAGCGGGUUUUUGCAAAGGGCUAUCUGCUAUAGUCUUAUUCCGGAAAUGAAGAUUGAAAUCAACUCGAAUCACUUUCGGUUUCAACCAGUUGGCGAAGUUGUUGACGACGAUAAGUUUUUCGAUCAUACGGCUAAUUCGGCCUUUGCUUCCUGAUGUUUUUCGGUUCCGGCUUAUAAGUUGUCGCAGACCGCGUGACGUUUGGUUCAGGAUUAAAAUUAUGGGAUUAAAAUUAUUUUUGAUUUAAAUGUAUUUUUUUUGAGAAAAAACACUUUAAUGAAUUGUGAAUCAUGAUUUAAAUCAUGUAUGAAUCUCUUCAUCAAACGUUUCUGAUUUGGAUUCAGAAGUCGGAAUCUCUGGUUUUCAAAAGCCUUUUGUUAGCAAGGCAAUGAGUUGCAAUAUGAGAUGUAUAGCUCUACAAAGAGUGUUGAGCCAAAGACAAAGUCACUACUCUUUCAUGGCAGUUUUUUGAUUUGGAGGAUCCAAAUAAAAAUCAAUUUUUUACUGUUGUUUUUAGCUGCAACAACGAUGAGAAAGAUUUUUUUUUUCUCUCUCUUAUGAUGUGUUAGAUAAUGAGAAAUA